UUUUACGUUACUGUGGGCAUUUGUUAUUUCAUUGAUAUGAUAAAAACUAAAUACAAAAUAGUUGUCAUCUGGGCAUCCUAUUUAGUACCUCUGUGUUUUGUCCACUACUUAAGAUUUAUCAUUUAAGUAUUCAGGUACAGUCCUCCUGAUCUUCUCAGCUUCAAGUCCCUUCAUUUUUCUCAUCUGCAUUCAAGAGCUUUAUCUAUACAAAUCCCAAGAAGGAAAAUAAAUGAAUUGGUGGGCAUAAAAACAAAAGCAAGACAGUUCUGUCCACCUCUGCAAUAGAAAGUUCUCCUGCCCGCUUCCUUUUCACGCUCAUACAGUGUACAUUCAAACAGCGUGAAAUAUUGUUCUUAUUAAGGGGUUGCCCAUUUCUCAGAAUGUGAAGGACACCCAAGAUUGCAUUUUGUCUUCUAAGGAUUUGGGUUUUGUUUCCUGUUGAAUUAGCUGGUUUUCUAGUAGGCAAUCAUGGCGAUUGGGAAUGGAGGUCUGAAUAGGAUUGGAGUUGUGGAUACCAUUUAUGAAGAUGAGGAGGAGGAGGAGGAGAUGGAGAGGGCUCAAGAGUUCUCAGUGGGGAAAGAAAAUGUAUUGAGAAACUCAGGCAGGUUGGAUGAUUAUAUGCAAACAGACAGCUCCUGGAUUGUGUUUGAGAAUGGGGAGUACAGUUCUAGUGUUGCUCCUGCAACAUAUCCAGAUGAAAGCUCUUUGGAAAGUAUUGUUAGCUCGUGGUCUGAAGCUACAGGGUUCUCAACCAACAUAGCAGUUCACAUUAUGGGUUCCAGUUACCAUCUUCACAAGUUACCUUUGGUAUCCAUGAGUGGAUACUUCAAUCGGAAGCUGAAGGAAGCCAACGAAAUACAUUUGAAUUGCUGUCCAGGUGGAGCAGAAACUUUUGAGCUCAUUGUAGCCCACUGCUAUGGUUGUAUGAUAUCCAUGGAACCAUCAACCAUUGCAGCAAUCAGGUGUGCAUCAGAUUUUUUUGAAAUGACAGAGGACUACUCCAGAGGAAAUCUUUGCAAACGAAGCCACCGGUAUUUCAAAGAUACAAUACUGAAAAACUGGGACCAUGCCAUUGAAGCCCUCCGAUGCUGUGAGGAGCUUCAUCCCAUAGCCCAGUACCGGGGGAUAGUCAGCACUUGUAUAGAAGCAAUAUCACAGUUAACCUGCACUGCAAUUGAAAAACGAGCUCCUGUAUUAUUUCCAUUGGCACCCAUGGAGCUCACAUUUGGUGGCGGCCACAUGGAGAAUCUGAUCAAUGACCUAAUAACCCUUCCUUUGGACUAUUUUAGGCAGAUAAUAGAGUCAAUCAGAAGGAAAUGCAUAAAUGAGAAAUUCAUCUGCAGAUCACUGUUUCUGUACACUGAUAGGUCUAUAUUUGAUAGGGUGGACUUUCAAGGUUUAAACGUGAUGAAGGACAAAAGCUGUGAGAUGAAGGUGGAGGUGGAAUGUGUGGUUAAGCUGCUCCCUAUGGACAAAGAUAUUGUACCUGUUACUUUCCUGUUUGGGCUCCUUCGCUGUUCCCUUGCAUGGAAUGCAGACAAAGGGUGCAGCUUUAAGCUUGAAAACAGAAUUUCAAGCCAGUUAGAUCAGGCUACGGCAGCAGAUUUCUUAUUGCCAUUGAAGAAUUAUAAUGAUGAAAUUGAUGAUUUAGGUAUUUUGGAGAUAGAGAGCAUGCAACAUAUAGUUUCCUUGUUCAUGUCUCAGCAAACUGAUGUGGGGGAAGAGUCUGAUUACACCCUUUUCAGUGAAGGGAAUGCCAGUUCUCACAGCUCCACUAGCAGCAAUCCAUUUGUAUGUAAUGUGGCCAAAGUAUGGGAUGAGUAUCUCACAGAAAUUGCUACCUAUUCCAAUGUUUCGCCUGCCAUUUUCUUGGAUUUGGUGGAAACUGUGCCAUCCUCCAGCAGGCCUGUCCAUGAUCAGCUCUACAAAGCCAUUGACUUAUACCUCAAGAUGCAUUCACAGAUAUCAGAGACUGACAGGACUAACAUAUGCAAAAUGCUGAACUGCCAAAGGCUAUCAGAAGAAGUUUGCUUCCAUGCUGUUCGAAAUGAAUUUAUGCCACUGCGAAUGAUAGUUCAGGCUAUAUGCGUGCACCAACUACAAACUAAUUGCAACCCCAAGCAGCCAUUAAGAAGCAGAAGCUUGAGGUACUCAUAUUUGAAUUCAAAGAGCAUCAUGAACAACAGCAAUGGUAACAAUGACAUGGGAAAUUAUGAGAACAAAGACUUAUCUCUAGGAUCCAUCCUUAGAAGGGAUGGAAUCUUUCGCCAAGCAGCCCAUCUAAAAUCUGAUCUUGAAGAAACAAGUUCCAGACUCAGAAGCCUGGAAGAAGAAAUCAAAUACAUGAAGGAAAAGCUCAAUCACAGUUUUAGAAAAGGUUCAAGCAUUCCUACCAGUGACCCCACCAUUGCAAUGCCUGCACCUGAGGAGUUCUCAAAGAAAUUAAAGAAUAUGUCUGAUCCAAAGAAAUCAUACUGGGCUAACAAGGGCUGUGGAGGUGGUGGUCUAACUCAGAGAGUUAUCAAAUCACUUCAAAAACUAAGGCUGAGAGGUAUCAGAAAAUCUAAGCCCAAACACACUGCUCAGGAAGUCACUUCAGAAAAAUCAAGAUCUGGUGGAGAUCAAGAGGAACAAUCAAAUAGUGAUUUGGAGAUAAAUGCAGAUGAAGGUCUAGCAAUGGAUGAUGAUGAGAUGAGGUACCCAAUACAGAGAAGUUUGAGACAAUCUGCUCCAAUAAGCUUAAGCUGCAGGGAUAUUAAAUUUUCUGUGAAUGAAUCCAAGCAUUGUACAAGUAUUGAAAGGAGUAAUAGUAUGUCUUAGUCCUUUGUUCCAAGUUGUGUUAAUAGAUUGUAACAUUGGGGAAGUUUUGAUGCAAAUUAAUUCAGUAUUUCAAGCUUGAAAUUCA